GUUUACCUGCUUCAGGUGAGUGUGAGAGUUGAAUAGAGGAACUAGCAAAGAAAACACCUCAUAGCACUGCUGAAUUUGUUGGAUUACUCUGAAUUUGGUUGUUCCAUUAAGAGGUUUUCUGUGAGAGAAGCUGACAUUUGGCAAUGAGCAAGUUCUGGUUUAACUUCCCCUUACCUUUGGCUGCAUUAUACAUCACUGCAGUAUGUCUAAAUCAUGCAGCUUUGGCCAUACAGGUGACAUCCACAGGACCACAGACGGUCAAGAAAGCCCAGGAGGAGAGUGUUACUCUGGGCUGCACAUACACCUUGGGUGUUGCAGAUGUCGGAGACCUGGACAUUGAGUGGACACGCGUCAGUCAAGACAUGACCCAGAAAGACGAGCUGAUCUUAUCCUACACUGGAGGGAAACAGUACCAGCUAGGAAGUCCAGACCUGAUGAGUCGCUUUAAGUUUGUUGGUGACCCGAGCCGUGGCGACGCUACGGUCAGCUUUUCCAGCCUCAAGGUCUCAGACAUGGCCACGUACCAGUGCAAAGUGAAGAAGACACCCGGCAUCGAUUCGAGGAAAGUGACUUUAGUAGUGAUGGUACGACCUUCACCCCCGAAAUGCUGGGUGGAAGGUAGCGAGGAGAAGGGCGGAACCGUUUCGCUCCGCUGCAAAUCUUCCCAGGGUUCAUCCCCUCUAAAAUAUGCAUGGAAGAUAGAAAGUGGAAACAUGCCACCAACCGCAACACAGAAUCUCCAGACCGGAGAGCUGCUAAUCAGAAACCACAGCGACAGCUACACAGGGAGGUACCUCUGUGAGGUCAGCAAUGAAGUAGGCACUGAACGAUGCACAUACGCCCUUCAAGCAUAUAACCCAACCAAUAAAGCGGGACUGAUUGCUGGAGCUGUGAUUGGUGCAUUGCUAUUGCUGCUCCUCCUCCUUUUGCUAAUCUGGCUCCUGAUUUGCUGUUGCAACAAGCGACGCUAUGAAAAAGAGGUCGCUAAUGAGAUCAGGGAGGACGCUGCAGCUCCAGAGAGUCGCCCGGGAAGCCGUAACUCCAGCUUCCGUUCUGUAAUGAAUUAUCGUGUCCAUCCGGGGAUCCAUUACAGCUCUGUGGGCAAAGCUGAUGUCGCACGGGUCGGACCCGGUCGCAGCAGUACCCACACAGAACGCAGCCGAGUCCAAAGGGAAGCCAGCAUGCUUGCGUCUGAUCACAGGCCUCCGCUCAGAUACGACAGCAGAUAUGGAUACCCUGUAUAACCACCAACGUCCUGCCAGGGGACACAGCACUGAAAAGAUUAAACUCACUCAAAAGAUGCAAUACUGUGCAAGACCAAGGCAAGAUUGGAGGACAUUAAAACUGCACAGAAGAAUAUUCAAAUUUUCCUAUUGUUCAGGAUAGAGGUCUGCUAAUAUAUUUGUAUAGUUGUGUUGAUGUAUUUUUGUAUGAUUGUUUUAUAAGCAUUUAGGUAAAUUGUGCUCAUGGUAUUAAUUGGAAUAUAUUAAACUAACAAACCUUUUAACUUCUUUAUAACAAUAAAUUCAGUCUUUUAAGACUGAUAGUAAGAGAUUUAAAGUGUCAUCUGAGUGCUUGCUUACAAGAGUGAUUAAAAUAUCCAAUUAUAUUAUAUAACAUUAUAUAAAAAUAAUGAUAUUUUUAUUUGAAUAAAAUUUUUACAAAUGUUCAAGAUUAGAUUAUUUAAAAAGCAAAACAAAACUAAAAAACUAAAUUAUUAAUUCCCCCUGACCCAUAUGCAAAUUUUGUAAUAGGAAAUGUUCUUAUCAUCAGAGCAGUUUUAAGGACUUUAUUGCACAGGACUUUUUUUAUUAAUUUUUUUUUUUUUUUAGUUCAAAAAGAGCUAGCUGUCUGAGCUUGACAUGUUGAAACAAUAUACCAUGUCCCCAUCCUGUUCCCCCCUCAAGUCAAAUUUAUUUAUGUAGCGCUCUUCAUAAUGGACAAUAUUUCAAAGCAUCUUUGCUGAAAAAUAUUGCAAUAAUAAUGCCUCAAAUUCCAGAAGGUCCUCAUUUGGAAGUUCAAUUAAAAGAAAAUUAUAUCGUAGUAUGUUUUUCUGUAAACCUCAGCAAGUAAGCCAAAGGCAAGGAACGAAAAACUUCACAAGGUGUCAGAAGUGGAGAAAAGGCAAAAACCCUGGGAGAAACCUCAACUUUUCUGUCAGUUUUCCACCAUCCUGAAAACAUCCUUAAAAAUAUCCUUAAAAACAGCUACUGUGGUAUAGACACUGAAAAGCAGCAAGAGGCCAAAGUUUGUACAUCAGUUUACGUAACUGGAAGUAAAAAAAUAGCGCUCUUGUGCGAACGCCCCCUAACGGCUGAAAUAAAACUUUUAAAAUCUGAACAGAUUUUUAAACACUACUGUAGGCAUCAUACAUUUGCCAACAUGGUAAAUGGUUGCAGAGGAAAAACUGGAACAACUUUGGGUAGGUUUACAUGAUAACUUUUGUACUAAAAAUGCAGAGGUUUUUCUUUCAUUUUAGAAAAAUUUCACAUACAGACAACAAUGAUCCUAAGACAAAUUAAAACACUGUGUAAUUCAUACCAGGCCACUAGUUGGUGAUGGAAACUGGCACUCUGAAAUCCGUUUUCAAAAGUUUGUUUUCAAGCCCCCAAAAUGUCAUUGUCAUGUAAAUGAACGGCCAAAACACAUAAAACGUUUUCCGUAUGUAGUUGAUUCACACACUACCAGACUUUCAAGCUCAACUAGUGUCAACUUGUCCAGACUGCAAAUCUGUCCUAGAGUCCUAGAAUAUUAAGGCAAGACAUGACAGAUGAAUUAAGUCAAAUUAAACUAAUAGUUAUCACCAUACUUCACCAGUUGAUUAAUCGCAGUACAUUAAGACAACUGUUUUGUAUCACAAGUUUCUGAAAUCUUAUUUUUAAAUAUGCAAAUAUAGAUAGGAAUGAAACUGUAAAGUUUAGUGUAUGAAAGUUCUGCUAAAGUGUUGAUUUCUGUAAUCACUUUUAAAGAUGCAUGUUGUAUUUGAAACAUCAUUUUCACAAAAGGUUGAUGGACAUAUAUUCCAUAUCUCCUAAAAUGCAAAAACUAGUUGGUUGUGUUGAGUUGACAAAUUAAUAUGUUGUUA